AUGUCGGCUCCAAUCGUGCCAUUGAGAGCUGCGUCCACUCCAGAAAAGCAAAUUUUUGCUUCACUACAGUACCUAAAUGGUAGUGGAACCAUCAAGGAACGAUACGCUUCAAAAAUCUUGUCAACUAUAAAUUUACAGCAAGGAUGUGUCCUUGUAGUUGGAAGCACGGGAAAUUUCGCCCUAGCUGUAGCUCGCCAAGCGGCUGGCAGAUGUCAUGUCUUAGCUGUGCUUCCCGAACGCAAGACUUCAACUGACAAGGUCAAAAUGAUGAAGUCUCUUGGGGUCGAGAUUGUGAGAACACCUCUAGGAGCACAUAAUGAAGCACCAGAACACCCAAAACAACUUGCAAAAUCAAUCGCCGCCACAACUCCAAAUGCCAUUCUUGUUGACGAAUACCAAUCGGAUCUCACAUCAGUCUUUGACGAAAUUCUCACUGAAACAACUCAAGCCAAUAUCGCAUUUGACACUCUGGUCGUCUCAUUGAAAGAAAUCGUUGAUCUGCCUCUAUUUACUGCCGCUGUAGCCAAAAGACUUGGACCAGCAGUCAAAGUCAUCACAGUCUCGUCCGCUGCAGAUGCCGCCAAAAAGGUCGAAACUGGGUCCUAUAUACAUGAGAGAGAUGCUUAUUCAACAGCGAGGAGAUUGAUCAGUCAAGAAGGAGUUUUGGCAGGCGUGUCAAGUGGUAUGGUGGUGGCUGCAGCAUUGAAAAGUGAAGGAAAGAAGAUUCUGUGUAUUCUCGACGAUGCUGCCUACAAUUACGCAUCUACAUUGCUCAAUGAUGACUUUUUGUUGGAACAAAAUUUGCUUGAUGAUUCGAUGUUGCGGGAAAUUCGUUCACGCCAAGUGGAAAGAUAUCGAGGAGCGAGUGUGGAAGACUUACAGCUACCUUCGGCUGUGUGUAUUCUCGAAUCUUCGUCAGUUGGUGAUGCUAGAACUGUCAUGAUAGAGCGUGAUUUCUCGUACUUGCCCGUCAUCAAUGCCAGGAGGAAAAUGAUCGGAUUUGUGAGCUUGGGAUCUGUCGAUGCUCAUCUCUCUUCACGAGAAGUGCAGCUUGAAACUCCAGUGUCGGCUGUCGCUUUCAAGACUUUUUCUAGAGACAAGGAAUUCAAACUGAUUACGCCCUCUACUCCAUUGGUUGAACUCGACACAUUCUUUGACACUCACCCAGCAGCUUUCAUAACCGAUGAGGCAGGGGAGUUCCCAUUAGGUGUCUGCACUAAGCUGGAUCUGAUUAGAUUCCUCAACGCUCGCAGAACGUGA